AUGCUUCCUCCUUCGGACUCCAUUAACCACCAGAAUCUGAAACUGGCGGAAUUUUUGGCAAGUCUUCAGAAUCAACCCGCGCUGCCCGCCCCACCUCCCCCAUAUACUGCCGUUCAAACCAACGAUGACUUGGACCUCGACGACGAGGAGGAAGAUCCACUCCCCCCGAUUGUGUUGAAGAUUGACUCUUCAAUCGUCGUUGAUGGCCAAGCCAACACCAUCGCAAUUCCGGCAUCCUUUGGGCCAAACCUCGAAAAUGGAAACACUGCUCCAUCCGAGCUCCGGCCAACAGUUUCCAAUAGUGGCGCGAUGCAGCAACUCCAGCAACAAAGACAAGUGAAAUCUGCCCAGAUUGCCUCGUCAGUCAUGGCAGCAAUGAAAGCCUCCGGUAUUUUGAAUGAUCGGGAGACUGGAAUGUCCCGUCCGAUCGAGAUCCAUAUAAAUUCCGGGAUACAUGUCAAGGGGGUCAAGAAUGUUGUGUGCCUGGGAUUAAAACGUCGAACGGAAGCAAAUUCGCCGCCAACAACUCCAUGUGAGGCCCGAGAGGGAGGAAGAAAAAGACGGGCUCAAUCAGAGCCCAUCGAGCUUCCAAAUCCAAAAAAACGCAGUAUCUAAAUGACUUACUCUUUUUAUUAUUUGCUAAUGACCGACAACGAGGUUCGAGCGGCGACCGAAAUUUCCGUUACGAGUGAGACGAGCCGUAAUCUGGCCUAAUAUAUGACCCAAAAGAAGCAAAUUCUUAUGGAGAGUUACUGCUCGGCUACUAUCAACGUCGGACGCAGUUCUACCACCCUUGGUCUCCUUCCCACUUUUAGCGAUAGUCCGAUUUCUUGACCAUGGCCUCGAUGCCCAUUGCUAAAUAUUGGUUUCCCUCCUGCCUCUUCUACGAGCUAGGAGUGGAAUUGGGACUCUCAUCUUUGUUUCAUUCACCUGUAAAACAGUGCCAAAGACACUCUUGGCUGUGAAAAAA